AUGACCGAUAGAAUUCGUCGCAAUGGCCAGCCUUCGUCGUGUGAGCCUUGCCGACGGUCCAAGCUUCGUUGCGAUCAUGCAAGGCCACAUUGUACCCGUUGCGUACGCCGCAACUUUUCACGACAGUGUUAUUAUCACCCAUCGCCGAUGACACGGGUUACAGACUUAUAUACUGAAACGUUGCGCACACCUCAAAGCGCGAGACAUAUUGACACCGCCACUAUUUCGCCUGUGUGCGCGUUAUUACCGACGGCUGAAAACCCACUGGCUGAGAACCCGCCGGAUGGAAAUCCGCUGGCUGGCGACUAUGACCGUGGGACUGGGCUGGUAACCAUGCAUAAUUCUUUGAUGCCGUUCGCAGACUCUAAUGGCACGCAACCUCACCGCACGGUCGCGUACUUGACUCGGGCAAGCGUAUUUACACCUAAACGCGCAUAUCCAGUGACGCCGGCUGCGAUUGCAGAGGGCGUAGAAGUUCUGCGAUCCCUCCUUGACUUCAAUGCGGACUUCCAUGAAAUUGUCAGGGACCAGUACGAGAAUGACGCAGCUGAACUAUGUGGUUCACUUCUUUUCAAAGCAGCAUGGCGAGCAACGCAAAGUACCUUACGAUUCCUAGGGCCCAGACCCUCUUUGGAUCAACUAACAAGCACAGCUCUUGCAAUUCUUCAACAGAGUGCCUGUCCGCUCGAGCUGCCUAUAUCGGCUGAGAAUGAUGCUCUCGAGCUGGCUCUUUCUGGACAUCAUUUACGCUGGGAGACCAUUGGCAUGUGUUUCAUACGCAUUGGUUUAUUCAGCGCAACUGUGAGGACCAAUGCCCAAUUCUUCCAUGGUCAUGGACAGUCAAAAUUCGAUCCUCAAAAGACCAUGCUUAUGGCGUUCAAUGCUUGCAUGCAAACCUGGACAUUCUGCGAUCAAAUCGAGCAGACGAACGACUUAACAUUGUGGCUAUUGACAUCGGCGUUAACCCUGGCCACUUGGUGCUUUGGGGACGAUUCUUCUCGUGCUUGGCGCUUAAUGGGUGACUUAUCAUCAGCUAUAGCUGCUCUCGGCUUCCAUAGAGGGUUCAGAGGCGGAGAAUCAGGACCGCCAUAUUUGGUAGAGCUUCGCAAAAGAGUCAUAGCUCUUGCCCAUGAGCGUGACAAGGAGCUAGCAACCUUUGUUGGCCGGCCGCCCCAUCUUAGUCGAAGGUAUUAUGCGGUGGAUCUACCACUCGACCUGCCCGAUUCAAUUAUUAUAGGACCGCUUGAGCAUUUCGAAGCCGCUAGAGCCAAACUUGACAACAACGGCUGGAGUGGAGAUGUUAUGGUUAAUCCAGUUUCCCGUCUUCGAGCAAUUCUACUACUGAGUAUGAUCCGCGAAGAGGUCUUGGAGCUAUCACUUGGUCCACCCGUGCCGAAUAUCGCCCAACAAGCUAGCUCGUUCCGUACAAUCAAAACCAAAGAUUUAGAUGUUGACUUUUUCCCUAGACAAAUUUUAUCGAAAUUGACAUCUACUUGGGAAUCUAUCCCGCACAAGCAAUACGAACAGUCAAUGUGUGACAAAAUGCUACCAAGUGCUAUCUGGGUGAUCCUAGGUCCUCGGCUUGAAUAUCUUUAUUCCAAGUUCCUCCUCCAUAAGCUGCUCAUUAGUCAAAACGAGGGUAAUCGCGAUAAGAUGAUCCAGACGUCGCAUGAAAUCCUUCAUUUAGCGCUCUCACUUCUGAAGAAGAACGAUGUGAUAGCUACGCCAAAUCUGGAGGGGUUGAUGGUUUUUUAUGCAAUGCCAUGUGCGAGCGUGCUUAUCUUAGAGCUACUUCGACAAAAUCGCCAGUCUCAUCGGUCUACGACGCUCAAUCGGUCGACUUUAAUUCAAGACAUAAGUGUGCUCAUCUCGUGCUGUGACUCUCUAGCCAUAGCGGGACAGAGCAACUAUCAGAUCUGCAAGCAAGCUCGGACGGUUUUCUCGCGAUGCAUAGACCAAAUUUUGAAUUCAACUGAGGUAUCUUCUCACGGCUUGGCGUGCGAGCCUGGGGGAGAAGAAGGACGAGAACAUUUCUCUUUAGGGUCGAUGGAUUUCGGUCUGACAGAUCUUUAUCCCCAUGAUCCGGAAUGGUCCACGUGGCUCGAGUCUUUCGACUUAUACGAAACAUGA